AUGCAGAUGCUCUCACACACACCUUCUCCUCCUCUUCCCGUAUCCACCAGCAACUGCACCGAGCAAGCUCCCUCAAUGAGCCCAUGGAUCUCGUCACUUGACUAAUUAGCCUGGAAGUGCUGUUGAAGAUCAUCAUAUUUAGCUUGCCGACCCAGCAGCAGAGUGCAGACAGAUAUAGACCAGUCUGGCUGCAGGCUGAGUGCCUGGCAGUGGGCAGGCUCUCUAUCUCUCUCUAUUCACACUUAGUGCCGAAAGGCUUAUAAGUGGCGGAGCAGCGGAAGUGAGGGGCGGUUAUGCUUUGAAAGAGACGAAAAGAGGAGAAAGAGAGAGAUCGGAGCUGAGACCACAACCAGACCACACGAUGCGACUUCGCUGCAGAAGCAAAUCCCCUUAGACUUCUAGAGGCAGCGGCCACUGUUCAGCAGCACUGCUUCCAACACACAGAGACAGAAGAUGAUGGACAGUCAGCGACCAUCGCAGAGGAGGCCCAUGAUGAACCUUACCGCAGACAGAGGCCAGUUGAAAACCAGCACCUACAUCGUGCCCUGUUUCCUCUUUGUGGAGCUGGUGAUCAUGGCAGGGACCGUUCUGCUGGCGUAUUACUUUGAGUACACGGACACGUUCCCAGUGCACAUCCAGGGCUUCUUCUGUUUCGACAAAGCCUACUCAAAGCCAUACCCAGGACCAGAGGACUACAGCAAGGCGCCGCCGGUCCUGGUCUACUCCCUCGUCACCGCCAUCCCCACUGUGACGAUUCUGAUCGGGGAAGUGACGAGCUUCUUUGUGAAGACGGAGGGAUCUCAGGAGAAGACCAUAGUGACCGCUGACUGCUGUUAUUUCAACCCUCUCCUCCGAAGGAUCGUACGCUUUCUAGGUGUCUACUCCUUUGGUCUCUUUACCACCACCAUCUUUGCCAAUGCUGGUCAGGUGGUGACAGGAAACCAGACGCCUCACUUCCUGUCCGCCUGCAGACCAAACUACACAGCUCUAGGCUGCCAAUCUCCUUUGCAGUACAUCACAGAGAACCGAGCCUGCACAGGAAAUCCUUUCCUAGUGGUGUCCGCUCGCAAAUCCUUCCCGUCCAAAGAUGCAGCGCUCAGCUUUUAUUCAGCCAUCUACACAGUGAUGUAUGUGACGUUGAUGUUUCGGACCAAAGGAACCCGUCUGAUGAAGCCCACCCUGUGCCUGGUGCUGCUGUCUCUGGCGGUGCUGGUCGGCGUGGUGAGAGUGACGGAGCACAGGAACCACUGGAACGACGUCCUGGCUGGUUUUGUCACAGGAGGGGCCAUUGCUGCAUUCCUGGUGUCCUGCGUGAUCAACAAUUUCAAACCAACUAAGCUAGCAGUGCCGACUCCGCCUCCCCCUCCACAGCGCCCUGAAGCCCCCAUCAGUCUGCCUCUGAUCAGCCUGCCCCGUGUGGAGAGUCCACUCGAAAAGUUAAGUGGCUUCCAGGCUCCAGGGCUACCAUAUUCUGAGAUCACAUGACCAUCAGCCAACCCUGCUCCCCGCCCCACCCGAUGUGCUCCUCCCCUCAAGACGUUGCCUCACCAGCUCAGUCUAGACCUGCCCCGUGAAAUCCCCCCACCCUGCCCCGCCCACCCUGAAGGACGAAAACCUCUGAGGCGAGUCAAAUCCACGCAGGUGUGAGGCUUCACUAAUCACAGAGGACAAAGCCUGGAGCCAACCGGGAAACAAAGACCUGUCGUCUCCUUUCCCUGUGAUGCUCUGUUUUGUCCUUCAAGAUGGCCGCCCUUUUCCUUUGGGUGUAAAAGAUCCAUGAAAAGACUCUUUAAGGCCAGAGCUGUUAAAGCAAUACUGUGUCCUGUUUCCUUGCGGUUUUCCACAAAGAUUCAACGGUGACUCUAAAGACUGUUGGCUGGUGAUGACUUGAUAUUUCCAAUCAAAUAAAAUAAAAGAUAAAAAACUCAGCUGAGCUGAGGGUCACAAGUGGAUUUUCCUCAAGAUCAUUUUGUUAUACUCAGGACAAUUAGAGGAAACAGCUGAAAGAAGACUUUAUGUAAUAAUGCUGGUACUGUUGAAUGAUAUGGUACAGAUUUUUGGUUCUGUGCACAAGAAGAGACGUCGUCGUCGAGGGAAGCACUUUUGUAAAUUAUAGCACAGAUGAACCAGUUUAAAACUCAGUAAACAAUGUUGUAACUUUCAGUUUUGAUUUUAAUUGUGCAAUGUGAUAGAAGAGCGGUUUAUACACACUAGGGCUUUGCUUUUGAUACCAGCUUUUCUUUUGUUUAUUCACUCCUGAAUCAGAUUGUCAUCAACCUUUCAAAACUAUAACAUUAAUGUUAGAGUGUGUUUCAGAUGUCUGUUAGUCUGAUGUCCAUGCUGUGCAAAAUCUCCAUGUGGAGUUUUUAUUGUUCACUAGAAGUAAAAAGCAUUACUUUUUUGUACUUCCCAUAAUCUAUUAACCAAAUUUAUGUCUCAUAUUUUCUCUAUUAACCCACAUCUAAAUAGAUGGCAGCAUGGUACUUCUUUCAUCUAAAAUCAGUUAAAUUUUACAAAUGCAUCUAACUGGAUUUUAAAGAGAAAAGCUGGCUGCUGUUUGAAUUAGGCAUGGAGCAGCAUAAUAUUUUCACAUUAUGAUGACCCUGAGUAAAAGCCCCAGUUUAACAGUAUCAAGGUAUUUAAAUGAGUUAAAAAAAAAUGUGCAAUAUGAUAUAAUUGCUUCUAUUUAAACCAUAGGGUUUCUGCAGAGUUUUUAAAAUGUAAAUUUAACCCGUUUUUUAAAAAAAUACAUUGACUUGAAAUUAAUAUAUUGUAUUAACAAAGACCAUGAAUUUUACUAUUUGUACUGUCAGUACGAAAUUUUUUUAUUUGUUUUACUAAUAUAUUGGCAGCAUUGAUUCAUUCUGUUUGGUGGCUGAGGGAUUUAGCAAAAUGGAGGACAGCCAACAGCUCUGUAGGAAUGAAUUAUCACCAAACUCUCAAACUAAAUCAAAUUUUGCUCUGUCUACAUUUUCUACAUUUUAAUUUGCUUUGGCAACUACAAUUAAAUAGUCCUAGCUACUCUGUCCACUUCCAGCCCUUCUGUCAUGAAUAGGUGUUUGCUUAACAAGGUUUGACUUAAAAACAGUUUUUGAUCUUUGGCCAAAGCCUGUCAGCUACCGUUGACAAAAAGCUUUCUGUAUACUGAAUAAGAAGGAGUAAGAAAGUGAUGAAGUGAAGUAACACAUAUGCCAAAGUAUAACAAGAACAAAAAACCCUCAAACUUCAGUUAUUUUUACUUGCCCUGUAAGGUGAGAAGAAUUCUUCUAAUUAUGUAAAAAGCAAAUUAUGUUUGUUUUAUUUUGAUACAGGUGCUAAAUAAAGAAUAUUUUUUUUUAGCUGAAUAAAGCACAUACAGUAGAUACAAAUGUAGCUAUUUGAUAUCUAAAUUAGAAAAAUUAAGCUCAACUGGUUAUAACUCUAAUCACUAGAUGGAAGAUGUGUCAGAGUAGAAGUAGUAGAAAAAGAAACAAAACAGCAAAGCUUCUUUUUAAAAAAUACAGUGUGAAGAAAUCAGCAUUUUUCCCUCUAAGGACAAUUUGUCUCUUAUCCAGGAACAAUGAGGACUCAAACAUUGUGUUGAUAUUCUGCCAAGACUCCUUAACUGUCCGUAUUUCAUUCUACUGAAAAUAUUUCCAGCUAAAUUUCUCUUUUAUUCCUUGGAGAGUGAAUACAUUCAUAGCCUUUUUUUCCAACCAGCUGACUGGCAGUGAGCAGCAGCAUAACAGAAUAACAAAUCUCCAGUCACUCAAGCACUUUAUUUGGCAUCUCAUAAAAAAAGAAACACCUUUAAGCCAUGAAAAUGCCAUGACAGAAACAUUUGACAAUUUGAACAUUUUUUUCAAUCCUUCCAAUACCUUGAUACCUGUGAGCUGCCCAUGCCUAAUUUGAUUGAAUCUAUCUGGUCCAGUCAUUCAAAGGCUUCUCUUCAACAUGUUUUUCAUGCACUGAGUUUAUUAGCGGCAUUGAGACCUCUGACUUUGGUAGAGUAUUGUACAAUACUUAGGUUUCUUCAAACUUAUACGAUGUUACCAUCCAGUUUGUAUGGUUUUGAUAAUGUGAAGCUACCUGAAAUGUUCUUGCGGCACGGUGGACGGCUGUAAAACAGGAAUGUUGCUCAGUGGAGAAGAGUUUAAAAUCAAGCCAGCCUGCAGUCGGAGCGUAUGCCUCACAGCUGGCUCAGCUCUGCUCAGUUUAAAAGAAAACUGCAGGUUCUUAAAGUAAGAAGAAAGUGUUAUAUACAAAACAUCCUAAUGGGUUUCUUAUGUCUGUGUGCGCUUGCUGUGUGUGUGUUUGGACUUAUUUAGAUCUGUGUGUGCGUGCGUGUGUCUCUGUGUGUGUGAGUAUUUAUAAUGAGCACAUUGUAAGGCAGCACAACUGUUAAUUUGGCAGCCUGUUUUUCUUAAGUUAAACUGUCAAAAGUAGCUGCUAUAAUUAUACACUCACAUUCGUUUUAACUGCAGGCCUCUGAAGGACCCCUGCCAAGGCGUCCUAACAAUGCCGGUUAAAGCAGAAGGUGCUCAUUAUAGCUUUGAGAUUACCUACAGUAUUGUAAGUCUGUUUUUAUUUUCUUUUUCUUUUUUUAAGAAAAAAAAAAUGACUACACCCCCUCUGGCGAGAUAACGUUAUUUUCAUGUUAAAGUCUCUGUUUUGUAUUUAUUUACCAAAAUAAACUGCAAUUACCACUUAGUGAAGUAAGAUUCUUUUAUACAGACGCAGAUUUGACAUUUUACUAGGUUUUUUACUAGGUAAGGCUCCAACAAGAGCCUUAAACAUGAAAUGUAAAUUCACAGUGCCUUGCAAGAGUAUUUGCAUUCUCUGACAUCAAACCCACAAUCUUAGCUGCCUUUUCUUGUGAUUUUAUGUGGUAAACCAACACAAAGUGAUAUGCAAUUGUGAAUUCAAAGGCAAAUUAUGUAUGGUUUAAAUUUUUUACAAAUAAAAAUCUGAAAAGUGCAGCAUCCAUUUGCAUAUGCCCCUGCAGAGUCAAUACUUUGUAGAACCACAUUAUUCUUUGUGUAGAGCUUCAAGUCAUUUAAGGAUAUCUCUGCCAGAUUUGCACAUCUGUAGGUUGACAUUUUUGUUCACCAUAUUAUUUCUGGAUAUUGGAUUGAACUGUUAUUUUUUUUAGAUGUUCAAAGCAUGAGAUGUUGUUUUAAAAUCUAACUCUGUUUUGAACUUCUUAGCAACAGGCUGUUGUGCUCCUCAGUCUUCUCUUCACAAUGCUGCUUGUUCACUUUUGUUCUCUAACAAACCUCUAAUCUAAGGUUAUCACAGUACAUCUUUAUUUAACAUGAUAUAAAAUCACAAACAGAUGGACUCGGUUGAUGAAGGCAGUUGAAUGCAUCAGAGUUCAGGGAGCUGAACACAAAUGGACACCAUACUUUUCAGAUUUACUUGUGAAGCUAUUUUGAUUAAUUUUCCUCAUGUACAUUUCAUAAUUAUGCACUACUUGUUGCUAGUCUAAAAUCCUACUAAAAGCUCUGGUUGUAAUGUAUUAAAAUAUGUUAUGAAUACUUUUGCAUGGCGCUGUAAUUGCAUUUCUACUAUUUAUACGGCUGUUGCUAUUAUAGAUCACUUACCCUUUACAGACUCCUCGCCUGCAUGUAUUGGUUCUUCUGUUUUUACACUACUGCAGAUGAAAGCAUCAAGAUUAUUAUGGCUUUCAUUGCCUGGCCCAAAGAGAAUAUGUAAAGCAGAGAAGUGAGAGAUCGAACCACAGAGCUUCCAUUUGGCAGAGAAAAUGCUCCUCAUCUUGUGCCACAGCCACUCAAAUCCCCAUUUCCAUGUGACAUCAACAAUGAUUCUGUGUUAUUUAGGAGUCUCAAUAAGAACUAAAGUGGGAUUUUUGUUGUUGUUGUUGUUUCAUUGCAUGUCACACAGAAAUGUUGAUGCCCUAAUUCCACAC